GGAAAUGCAUAUUUAUGCUUUGGUAUUAUUUUAAAAAUAAUAAUUUUGUAGAAUUGUUUUCUCAAUAAUAGUUUAGAAUAUUUGUUCUUCCUGAAAAUAUAAGUAAAAAAUACUGCUUCCACGUAAUAGCAUUACCCUGAAAAAAAUUUCUUGGCGGAUGCGUGGAAUCUUGAGUAAAACCGCUAAAAAUUGGCAUCAAUUCAACAUUUGACCAGGAGAAGUAUCUUGUUACACGUAUUCCUUACACUCUACCAACAUGCCUAGGAUCGACAACGACAUAAAAUUGGAUUUUAAAGAUGUAUUGGUUCGUCCAAAGAGAAGUACACUCAAAUCAAGGUCUGAGAACCGAGUUAGUUAUGCUACAGCAAGUUCUUCAACAACAUCUUUUACGGUUGACCUUAUGCGGUCAUAUAACUUCAGAAACUCCAAACAGGAAUAUACUGGGAUACCAGUUAUGGCUGCUAACAUGGAUACAGUAGGCACAUUUGAAAUGGCAAAAACACUUGGAAGUUUUUGCGUGUUUACAUGUAUACAUAAACAUUACUCUAUAGAAGCCUGGAAAGAGUUCGCUGUAAAAAAUCCAGAUGUACUGAAGUAUGUAGCAGCCAGUACAGGGACAGGAAAAGCUGACUUAGAGAAACUAAAACAAAUCAUUGAAGCUGUACCAGGUUUAAAAUACAUUUGUGUAGAUGUUGCUAAUGGUUACUCUGAACAUUUUGUACAGUUUGUUAGAGAUGUCAGAAAAGAGUUCCCUACUCAUACUAUCAUGGCAGGAAACGUAGUUACUGGUGAGAUGGUUGAAGAACUGAUUCUGUCUGGUGCUGAUAUAAUCAAGGUUGGCAUUGGCCCAGGUAGUGUGUGUACUACGAGGAAGAAGACUGGUGUUGGAUACCCACAGUUAAGUGCUGUGAUAGAGUGUGCUGAUGCUGCUCAUGGUCUGGGAGGACAUAUUAUAUCAGAUGGAGGUUGUACAUGUCCAGGUGAUGUAGCCAAAGCAUUUGGAGCAGGAGCUGACUAUGUUAUGUUAGGAGGAAUGUUGGCAGGCCAUACUGAGUCUGGUGGAGAGAUGAUAGAACAGAAUGGAAAGAAGUUUAAGCUAUUUUAUGGAAUGAGUUCUGCUACAGCAAUGAAAAAACAUGCGGGAGGUGUUGCUGAAUAUAGGGCUUCUGAAGGUAAGACUGUUCAGAUAGAAUACAGAGGAGAUGUGGAGAAUACUAUACAAGAUGUACUUGGAGGUAUCAGAUCUACAUGUACCUAUGUUGGUGCUGGAAAGUUGAAGGAACUCAGUCGUAGGACAACAUUUAUAAGAGUCACACAACAGUUGAAUGAAGUCUAUGCUGCAAAUACCAAAGAACAUUGAUAAUUUCUUAUGCUUACUCCAUUCCAGUUACCAGAAAUCCAAACGCUCUCUGCCUAAAAUGUCUCUUGUCUCUGAUCCCGGUUUACUUUUAUUUUUUUAUUAAGUCUUGUGAAUCUCAUCUAUCAAUAAUUUCUUUGCACUGUAAAGAUAUUUAUAAUCAAAAAUAUUUUCUGAUUUUCACUUCAGAUCAAAUUGAUGUGAGGGGAUAUUGUCACAUGUUUACUUAAUUGCAAAAUAUGGGAAAAUAAACCCCUUGAAAACAUUACCCUCUUAACAGUACUGAACUUGGAUUUACACAUUUAUUUAUUUGAUUUUGUUGCAGUCCUUGUUUAAUGUUUUAUCUGAGUUUUAUUUGUUGUUAAUUUCUUAGUAAUACUUGAAAGAAGCUUAGUCUUCCCAUCUUUUAUGACAAGAAAAAUAAUGGAAAAAAUAAAACGUAAUUGUAUUUUGUGAUUUCUUUCAUAAUCAUUUGUAUAAUUUUCAUGGUGUAAAUUGUUAAAAAUUGUUAUCGUUUAUUGUAAUCUGGUGAACCCAGAAUGUCAUAUAUUAACAAACAAAGAUUGUUUUUAUUUGUUAAAGAUCAUUUUGACAUUGUUGUGAAAAAUUGCCUGUUGAAGGUAAGUGACGGCAACCUGACUAGUUCUAUAAAAUCUUAUGGAAAAGGUACUUUUUGACCUAUACAAGUUCAGUCUUGAAGUUUAUCCUUUCCUUUCAAAUUUUAUUUUUAUUUUAAAAAGAAUCUCCUUUUAUGCUUGAUCAUCAACUAUGGGUACCUUUGUUUCCUCAUAUGAAUAAAAGUUUUGUAGAUUCAGUGAUUUAAAUUUUAAAGAUGAAUUUUGAGAUAAAACAGCAACUCUCGCACAGAUAUUUACAAUGUAAUGUAAUCUUAUAAAUAAAGGCAACAGUAGUAUACUGCUGUUCGAAAUUCAUAAAUCUAUUGAGAAAAAAACAAAUCCGGGUUACAAAAAAGUUUUCACCUGUUUAUGGACGGCAACUGAUGUACACUGUGUAAAAUAUUCAGGCAAUUUAUUAUUGAAAACUUUUGUUUUCAUUGUUUUCGUCAGAUUUUAUUUAUUUUUUCUGUUAAAAUGUAAAAUGAUUAUGGCAUUGUAAAGUGAAAUGUUGAAAACAGCUUUGAAGUUAGUGGGUAAAAUUAAGGUUUAGAUAUUUUAACUGUCAUUUCACAACUGAAAAAAAAAUUAAAAAAAUUCUAAGUUAUCUUUGUGUAGAUAUUAUACAACACUCAAUUGACAUACUGUAAGUUCAGAAAUUAUUGCGUGCAUUUAUUACUGCCAUUUUUAAGAUAUGUUAUUGUCAUUUCAGGAAAAUCUUCAUUCAGAUAUGUAUCAGGUAUCAGAAUGCGAGUUCUUACUAUUGAGAUACUAACCCAGUUGCUUUAUUUGCAUUAAUGAAAACCUCAUAAUUAUUUCUGAAUUUACAGUAUUGUUUAAACAUUUUAUUACUACCUGAAUAAAAUAUCAGAUCACUAUAAGACUAGCAGAGUAAAUAUUUUUGUAUUAGGGAAGUUAAUCAUAUUUUGUGAUCUUAUGGUGGACAAAUCUGUUUUAUUUAUUGCAGUAUUUUUAAUCAGUGUUCGCUUUUUAUACAGCAUUGUCAAAGGGUAUUCAUUUUAGUUGCAGCAUAUAAAUUUCAUUGUAUACAAUGGGUAAAUGAAUUUAAGUUUGCUAAUAUUAACUAUGUUUACAACCUACUUUAAGAUUAGCAGUUGUUAUUGUUACCCAAUUAAAUGGAUCAGGGAUCACACAGGAUGAACAAAAACCUGUUAGACAAGUUUGUAACUGUUUUUGCAAUACUGUGGAUUAAUUUAUUUUCGUGGAUUGGGGUGGAUAUUUGAUUUCGGGGAUUUGUCUUUAUAGAAGCUUUUAGUAAAUGUGUACUUUUUAAGUAUUUAAACGUGUGGACAUAUACCCAUAUAAUCCACAAAAAUUGGUGUCCCACAAAUAAAAAAUGAAUCCACAGUAUAACUCAUAGAGAAUUUAUUAACUUACAAACAAACUUUAAUUUUGUUUGAGUUCCCUGAGUAAACAAUCAAGUAUAUUAGCAAUAACAAGUUUUAUCAACUGAGUUUCAUAAAAAUGUAGGUUAAUCAACAUUUUGAUAAACCAAUUAUCAUGAUAUAGCAUUAAGUUGAAUUAUGUUACUAUGAAAACUAUCAAUCUUGUAUUAUGUAAUAAUUCAUGAAUGUCCAGACUUGUGUGGUAUGUUUUACACCUUAAUGCUAAAAUAAAAGGACAAUUUGAAUCAGAAUUUAUCGCACAAGAGAAAUUAUUUUACAGAAGAUUAUUUUUGGUAGCCAUAUUUUUUCAUAGUACAUUGGUUUUAUUUACCAGGGAUUCACUUAUGUUGGUUGGUAUCAAUUUUCAUUCUUGGAGGGGAAAGAAAAUGUGCUAUUUCGAGUGGUUUUAUUGUUUGUUCCUAUCAAAGAAACUAAAAAAAAAUUGUUUUGGUAACCUAAGAAUGUUAUUGAUUCUACAGAACAUGUUACUUUUAAAUUUAGUUAUGUUGAAAUGUAAAUGAGAAAUGUUUCAGAACUAUUGAUUUUUCUACCUCUUUUAAAAAUCAUAUGAGAAACUGAUGGCUAGUCCUUUUAUUUUUGUGGAUAAUAUUAAUAUUUUAAUAAAAAUUGCUGUUAUUAUGCUA